UUUUUUUAAUUUUUAGUCAACACUCUAAAGGUUUGCUGAGAAUAUCCUUUCCUUUAUUUAAACAAUUCGUCAGAAUCCUCUUUCAUCACAUCAAUGCCAUACAGCUAGAAAUUUACGUACUUCUCCAAUUCACCACAGUUUGAGGGAUGCUGGUGCCGUUUUUGCAGAAAUAAUGGGUUAUGAAAGGAUUACCUCGCCCAUCAAAUUUCUCUGGCGAAGAUCAACUUGUUGGAAAACCUAAAUGGUUCCCACUUGUCUCGAAGGAAUAUUCAACUUGUAGAGAACGAGUUGGACUUAUUGAUAUGACAAGUUUUUCAAAAUUUGACAUUCAAGGCGCUGAUGUUGUUCCUUUAUUGCAACGCCUCUGUUCUGGAAAUAUUGACUGUCCAGUUGGAACAACAGUUUAUACUGGAAUGCAAAAUGAUCAUGGAGGAUACUUGACUGAUUUAACUUUAAGUCGAAUGGGAUUACACUAUUAUUUUAUAGUUGCUCCAACUGUCCAACAAGUUCGUUUAGCUCUUUGGAUUAAAAAAUGGGCAAAUGAAUGGAAAAUGAAUAUUCAACUUCAGGAUGUGACAAAUGCUUUUACAGCGCUAGAUAUUGUUGGACCAGCAUCUAGAGCUUUAAUGAGUGAAGUUACUGGAAAAACUAUGUCUCCUAACGAAUUGUCUCCUAACGAAUUUCCUUCAUUUUCUUUUAGAGAAAUGCAUAUUGGGUUAGCUGGACCAAUUCGAGUAAUAAGUGUUACACAUUGUGGUGAACUUGGUUGGAUGCUUUAUAUUCCGAAUGAGGUGGCUCAAAAUGUUUAUGAACAAUUAAUUGAAGCUGGUUCUCUACAUGGAUUAAAGCAUUGUGGAUAUUAUGCAUUAAGACAUUUACGUAUCGAAAAAUUUUAUGUUUAUUGGGGUCAGGAUAUUGGUAGUGGAACUACACCUGUCGAAUGUGGUCGGGCUUUUCGUGUUGAUUUUGAUAAAGAAUUUAUUGGAAAAGAAGCUUUACAAAAACAAUUAGAUAGAGGAGUAAAUAAACGUUUUGUCCAACUUUUAUUAGAAAAUCACAAUUUGGAAACUGACCCGUGGCCUCAAGGGGAAGAACCAAUUUAUCGGAAUGGAAAAUUGGCAGGUUGGACAACAACAGCGGCAUAUGGAUUUACUCUUGGAUGUCACGUUUGUUUGGGUUAUAUAGAGAACAAAGAAUUUGGCUUGACAACAGAAUUUUUGAAUAAAGGAAGUUAUGAAGUCGAAUUAGCGGGAAAGCGAUUUACAUGUAAAGUUAAUUUACACUCACCUACAUUACCUAUGUUUUCAUCUGAACAUCCACAACAUUAUAGACCUACACAAUAA